CUACUCGAUAAGCGUCACGUGGUCUACGUCAGAGGGAACAGCAAAAGAACAAGAUGGAGGAAUAUGCUAGAGAACCAUGCCCCUGGAGGAUCGUGGACGACUGUGGGGGAGCCUUCACCAUGGGAGCUAUUGGAGGAGGGAUAUUUCAGGCAGUCAAAGGCUUCAGAAACUCACCCUCAGGAAUGAACCACAGAAUGAAAGGUAGCCUGACUGCAAUCAAGACCAGAGCCCCACAGCUUGGAGGAAGCUUUGCAGUAUGGGGAGGCCUUUUCUCCAUGAUUGACUGUGGUUUAGUAAAAGUACGAGGGAAGGAGGAUCCCUGGAACUCAAUUACAAGUGGGGCCUUGACGGGAGCUAUCCUUGCUGCAAGAAAUGGUCCGGUUGCUAUGAUGGGCUCUGCAGCCAUGGGAGGCAUCCUGCUGGGUUUGAUAGAGGGCGCAGGAAUCUUGCUCACUAGGUUCGCCUCUUCACAGUUCCCAACUGGACCCCAGUUUGCAGAGGAGCCCGCCCCUCCUCCUCCCACGCCGCCCUCUCCCUUCGGAGACUACAGACAAUACCAGUGAGAGGACUCCCCCGCUUCUUUUCCACUAGGCCUUUUUCUAAAUCCUUGCUGGAUAAUGUUUAAUCUAUAAAAAGCAUGCCACAUACCGAACGUACUGAAUUAUAAAUAUGUGGUAUACUUAUGUAUAUAUAAAGUAACGGGUUUCUGCUUGUAUUCA